AUGGGGAAGAAGAGCUCGUCUCGAGCCGUAUCGAGGAUAUCCUCUACCGCUGCACUUUCCACGGCCUCUGCGACAGUGACAGUCAAGAAAUCGUCCAUAAUCCGCUCGGCCUUUUCUCCGUCUGAGUUCCAAUUGGCGCUCUUUGCAUCCGUUAUCCAGGGUCUAGAUGCGCACCAUGUACGGAUACAUAGCACUUCUUCAGGCCGCCUCCAGUGCGAGCAUGCGGUUAACCCCAAGGAAUCAGUUACCUCUCUGGACUGGGGAUACUACGGGGAAGCUUCGCGGGGUGACCAACCCAUGAAGAAGAGGCGCAAGAGACAUUCCGGUGUCAAUGGUAUGGUCGCUGGAGCUGGAGAUGAUGCGGGUGCCAUUGUUAUUGCAUUCGGUACGAGUACGUCUGAAAUUAGGAUGUAUUGCCCGGCUGAGGAUAAGGUUACUGGUGUUCUUGCUGGAGGGCAUGAGAAGGGAGUCAGAGAUUUCAAAUUCACACCGAAGAAGCCUGCACAGGAAGGGUGGAGUAUUGGCGGCGAUGGGAAAUUGGUACAAUGGAAUUUGCGCAAGGGAGACAUCGUGCGUGUGAUUUCUUUACCGUCCACUUCCAUCUCGGCACUGGCUCGGCCAGUACCAGCAAGCCCACCAGUGCUAUGUGCUUCUCAAACGCCCUACCUCAUCGACCCAGACAAUGAGACUAGCGAUUCAGAGCCGUCCUUCAGUUCGAUGAAGGAUAUAGUUCAUUCGCUCAUCUCCUCUAACACCGACUACACCGAUUUAUCGGGCCCCUUCCUCGCUUCUGAUUCUGACCGCUAUGUCAAUGUCUUCAACCCCCAAAACAAACAGCUCCUUGGCUCAUUGGUUGCAAAUAAAGAAAUCGACCUAGUUACCAUAUACCCUGGUUCUCACAAGGGGAGCAAUGAGACAGAGAACUCAGGCCAGAAACAACAGCUAGCUGUUGUCACUCGCGACGGCGCGAUUGAGAUCUUCUCUAACCCUUUCCAUCAAUUUGGUGAUAGCUCUGCGUCCGGUACCAGUGGCGCGAGUCUUAAGUCUCUCCGAAAGUCCAUGACCCGUCGACCAGACGCUAUCAUAAAGCUAGUUAAACCUGAUAAAACACGGACCCCUGUUCCCGUGGUCUCCGUGUGCUUUGACGGUGCGGACCUUGUGGUUGUUUGGGUUGAAGGAGGCAUAGACCUGGUCUUUGAUAGGAUACCAUGGCUUGAUGAAACAACGCAGGAGCUGAUAUACAAUGGUGAAACCGAGUUGGUGCGCGGCAAAUCAUCUUCUAACAUUGGUAACGCCAUGAUGAACGGUGUUAAGGAUUUAGGCAAGAGUCAUGUUGAUGAGAGCCAGGCUAUUGUCGAGCAAGGUGGAUUCGCAGAAGGGACCGACGAUGAGGCAGAGGAGGACGAAACCUCGGACAAAGAUAAUGAUUCAGAUGAAGAAUUGGAUGAUGCAGACCCAACCUCUAACGCCCUAACGACCACUAAUGAAGAUGUCGAAAUGGCAGAUCACACAGAUGCGGAUGAUGCCGCGGAGCCCUCGUUCGGUGAGCUAUUAGCUUCUGCUCCCCAGACCAUUAGUGUCUCCGCAGAUUUCAUGGACAAGACUUCGCUUCUUCAAUCAAAAGCUCUCCCCGCAGAGUCCCACCAGCUCCCUGCCGGUCUCUCCCUAGCGACCGUCCUCUCUCAAUCCCUCAAAACAAACGACAACACUCUACUAGAAUCCUGCUUCCACACUAAAGACAUGGCCAUUGUAAAGACAACUGUUCAACGUCUUGACUCGUCUCUUGCAGCUACUCUGUUGCAAAAGCUAGCCGAGCGUCUGUCCACUCGUCCAGGCCGGUACGGACAUCUACUGAUGUGGGUACAAUGGACAUGCAUUGCCCACGGUGGCUCCAUUGCCUCCAAUCGAGAUGUCCUCAAGAAGAUCAGCUCACUGUUCAAAGUCAUGGAACAGCGUUCGGCAAGUUUACCUUCUCUUUUACUUCUAAAGGGCAAACUGGAUAUGCUCGAUGCCCAACUCACAUUGAGACAAAGCCUACAAGGUCGAGACGGCCGUGUUAUUGACCCCGAUGAGGAGCGAGUAAUCUACGUUGAGGGACAGGAGGACAUUGUUGAAGACGAAGACGAAGAUGAAGAUGAAGCAAUGCAACUUAUUACUGAAGGCGAGCAUGCGUCCAGUCACAAGAAGGCUCGUGACAUCCUAGAUGAUAACAUGUUCGCCGACAAGGAAGGGGAUGAAGAUAUGCCCAUGACAAAUGGUGUGGAGUAUGAUGAAGGAGAGGAUCAAGACGAUGAAGAAGAUGAUGAGGAGGAACUUAUCGAUGACGAGGCAGAAGUUUCUGAUGAUGGUGAAGGUGAAGAUGAUGACGAAGAAGAAGAUAGCGACGAAGAGCCAAACUACGAGGAGGAAGCAAGUUUGUUGGAGUUCCUUGCUAAUUCAGAUGAAGAAGAGUCCGACGUAUCUGAUACCCCUGCUACAAAAUCGAAGAGGAAGUGA